AUGCCGAUCCUGGUGGGCAGCAGCAUGUUCCGCCGCACCAAGAGCUGCCGUACGAGCAACCGGAAGAGCCUGAUCCUGACCAGCACCUCCCCCACCCUCCCACGGCCCCACUCGCCGCUGCCUGGCCACAUCGGCAGCAGCCCCCUGGACAGCCCCCGCAACUUCUCGCCCAGCAACCCGGCCCACUUCUCCUUUGCCUCCUCCCGCCGUGCCGAUGGGCGCCGCUGGUCGCUGGCCUCGCUGCCCUCCUCCGGCUAUGGCACCAACACCCCCAGCUCCACCGUCUCGUCCUCGUGCUCGUCGCAGGAGCGCCUGCACCAGCUGCCAGCGCAGCCGACGCCAGAGGAGCUGCGCUUCCUUUCCCGCCACUUCGGCAGCUCCGAGAGCCUGGCCGAGGAGGAUGGGGGUGCUCGGGGGGGGCCGGCCCCACGCCCCCGCUCCCGUAGCCUCAGCCCAGGGCGCUCGCCCUCGUCCCAUGACAACGAGAUCGUGAUGAUGAACCACGUCUACAAGGAGCGGUUCCCAAAGGCGACGGCGCAGAUGGAAGAGCGGCUGGAGGAGUUUGUGCGGGGCUGCGGCCCCGGCGGGACGCCGCUGGCCGACGGUGCCCUCAGCUUCAUCCAGCACCAGCUGGUGGAGCUGGCACGUGACUGCCUGGCCAAGGCGCGGCACGGCCUCAUCACCGCUGGCUACUUCUACGAGCUGCAGGAGAACAUGGAGCGGCUGCUGCAGGACGCCUAUGAGCGCUCAGAGUCGGAGGAGGUGGCCUUCAUCACCCAGCUGGUGAAGAAGCUCCUCAUCAUCAUCUCCCGCCCUGCCCGGCUGCUCGAGUGCCUGGAGUUCGACCCGGCUGAGUUCUACCAGCUGCUGGCGGCGGCAGAGGGCCAGGCCCGCGAGGGGCUGCUGAAGGCCGACAUCCCCCGCUACAUCAUUGGGCAACUGGGGCUGGCACGGGACCCCUUCCCUGAUGUGGUGCAUCUGGAGGAGCCCGACAGUGGCGGGAGCAACACGCCGGAGCCAGAGGAGGGGGCUGAGGGCCGUAGCGCUGUCCCCAGGCCCAAGAAGCCGCCAGGCGAAGGCGACUUUGAGACCAUCAAACUCAUCAGCAACGGCGCCUAUGGGGCGGUGUACCUGGUGCGGCACACGGCCACACGCCAGCGCUUCGCCAUGAAGAAGAUCAACAAGCAGAACCUGCUGCUGCGCAACCAGGUGGAGCAGGCGUUCGUGGAACGCGACAUCCUCACCUUCGCCGAAAACCCCUUCGUCGUCAGCAUGUUCUGCUCCUUCCAGACCCGCCGCCACCUCUGCAUGGUCAUGGAGUACGUCGAAGGCGGGGACUGCGCGACGCUGCUGAAGCACAUCGGGGCGCUGCCGCUGGAGCUGGCCCGGCUCUACUUCGCUGAGACCGUCCUGGCCCUCGAGUACCUGCACAACUAUGGGAUCGUCCACCGUGACCUCAAGCCUGACAACCUGCUGAUCACCUCGCUGGGCCACGUGAAGCUGACGGACUUUGGGCUCUCCAAGAUGGGGCUGAUGAGCCUCACCACCAACCUCUACGAGGGCCACAUGGAGAAGGACGCCCGCGAGUUCCGCGACAAGCAGGUGUGCGGCACCCCCGAGUACAUCGCGCCUGAGGUGAUCCUGCGGCAGGGCUAUGGGAAGCCGGUGGACUGGUGGGCAAUGGGCAUCGUCCUCUAUGAGUUCCUGGUGGGCUGCGUCCCCUUCUUCGGGGACACCCCCGAGGAGCUCUUCGGGCAGGUCAUCUCAGACGAGAUCCUGUGGCCGGAGGGGGAUGAGGCACUGCCCCCUGACGCCCAGCACCUCAUCUCCUGCCUCCUGCAGCCCGAUCCCCUGCGGCGCCUCGGGGCCGGGGGUGCACAGGAGGUGAAGGCUCACGGCUUCUUCGCAGCACUGGACUGGACGGGGCUGCUGCGGCAGAAAGCUGAGUUUGUGCCGCACCUGGAGUCCGAGGAGGACACCAGCUACUUUGACACGCGCUCGGACCGGUACCCCCACGUCACCUCCUACGAGGACGAGGACACAACAGAGGACGAACCCGUGGAGAUCCGGCAGUUCUCGUCCUGCUCCCCCCGCUUCAGUAAGGUGUACAGCAGCCUGGAGCAGCUCUCGCAGCAGCAAGAGCCGAAGGCGGCCAAGGGACGUCCGCGGGACGAGGGGAGACGCGACGGCUUCGCCCGCGACCGCAGCUGGCGCACGGCCUCGCCUGAGCUGAAGCGUGCGUCGGCAGCUGAGGGGGCCCCCCCUGAGGGCGAGGGCAGCCCCCCUCCAGGCGCCCGUCGCCGCUUCUCAGCUCUGCUGGAGCCGGGACGCCCCGGGGCCCCCACCGAGGAGAGGGCCCCCCCCCGCAAUGGGGCACCCCCCCGCGAUGGACCCACAGAUGGACCCAGCGAGGAGCCAGGGGAGCGAGUGCCGCGAGCCGGGGACCUGCCCCCACCCCGAGCCGAGCUGGGGCUGCGGCGGCCGCGGCACCCAGGGGUGGUCCCCGAGGCAGGGGGUGACAAACGCAGCCCCCGCGGCCCUGGGAAGGUCACCAAGUCAGCAUCAGCCACUGCCCUCUCCGUCAUCAUCCCCAGCGGUGGGUGUCACCCCCGGGACGUCAGCAUCCCCUCGGGACAACCCCCACCCCCCCGCCCCUCCUUGGUGGGCAGCCUAGAGACCUGGGUCCCCAUGGGUGGUGUGGGUCCCCCGCAUACCCGGGUCCCCAAGUGUGACGGCAGGGGGGUUGGUGGGGGUCCCCAAGUCGGGUGCCCCGGAUGCCGGGGUCCAUGGGUGCGGUGCCAGCCAGGGGGCGCAGGGGAGGCGCCUGGCUCCUCGCCCCUGGGCAGCCCCAUGUCCCCGCGGUCACUGUCCUCGGACCCAUCCUCGCGGGACUCAUCCCCGGGGAGGGAGCUGGCCCCGGCCGUGGCCGCCCCCCGCUCCCCCAUCGCCAUCCCCCGCCCCGGCAAGAAGUUCGGCUUCACCCUGCGCGCCAUCCGCGUCUAUCUGGGGGACAGCGACGUCUACAGUGUCCACCAUGUCGUCUGGCACGUGGAGGAGGGGGGCCCGGCGCAGGAGGCGGGGCUCUGCGCCGGUGACCUCAUCACCCACGUCAACGGGGAGCCUGUCCACGGGUUGGUGCACACUGAGGUCGUCGAGCUCAUCCUCAAGAGCGGGACGAAGGUGCUGGUGACAACGACGCCGCUGGAGAACACGUCCAUCCGCCUGGGCCCCGCACGGCGCCGCAGCGCCCGGGCCAAGAUGGCGCGGAGGAACCGCCGGGGCGGCGCCGGGGGCGGCCACGAGAGGCGGCGCAGUGCGCUCUUCCGGCACCUGGCCCGCCAGGCCUCGCUGCUGCACACGAGCCGCUCGCUGACGUCACUAAGCCGCUCGCUCUCCUCCUCCGACAGCCUGCCCGCCUCCCCCACCCACGCGCGCGCGCGGGACCCCGCCCUCCCGCCGCGCGCCGCCGAGACGGGGGCCUCCCCGCCCAGCAGCUCCCCGGGCUCCAGCGCGCCGCCCUCGCCGGCGCCGGCCGGGCCCCACCUGCGGCCCAGCUCGCUGCAGGGCCUGUCCCCGAAGCUGCAGCGGCAGUACCGGGCGGCGCGCUGCAAGUCGGCCGGCAGCAUCCCGCUCUCGCCGCUGGCCCACACGCCCUCACCGCCCGCCGCCUCGCCGCCCGCCUUCCCCGCCAAGCUGCACCCCAAGGCCGCCGAGUCGCCCCGCCUGGCCCGCCGGGGUCCCCCCGAGAAGGCGGCGGCGGCGGCGGGGGCGGCCCGCAAGCACGGCCUGGAGGCCACCCGCAAGGACUUCCCAGCCGAGCCGCCGCUGCAGAGCCUGGCCGAGUGGGACGGCGAGAGCCCGGCCGAGGGGCCGCCCCCCGCGCCCCCCGCCCGCCGCCUGGGCCGCCAGGAGCUGCCGCUGCUACUGGGGGGCCCCCCCGCCGCCGAUCCCGCCCCCCCGGGGCCGGAGGAGCCCGAGCGGGUGCCGCGGGGCCCCGCCAAGGCGCUGAGCCCGGUGCAGGAGCACGAGCAGGCCCGGCGGGGGGGCGCCCCGGGGGGGCCGCCGGUGCCCAUCGUGGUGGUGGGGCCCGGCGCAGUCCCCGGGGACGGGGACGGGGCGCUGGGGCCCCCCCAGAGCACCGGGCCCCCCCCCGGCCGCUGAGCUCCCCUCCCCUCCCCCCCCCCCCCCCCCCCCCGCGGCUGUAAAUCGGGGGGGACCCCCAGGCAUGCGGGGCCCCCGCCCGCCCUGCCCGGGGCAGUGGCUUGCAGCCCCCCCGGCACCUCCCUGCGUAUGCGAAGGGUUAAUGCUGUGACACUCCCCCACCCCCGGUGUGAUGUCAUCGGCUCGGCAGCCCCCCCCGUCCCGGGGUGUCGCUUCCCCCCCCCCCCCCCCCCCAGCCUUCUCUUUGCUCCUGGUUCUUGCCUUGCUGAUGUUACGGCAGUGAUGUCACAGGUGGGGUGGGAGGGGCAAGGGCACAGCUGUGAUGUCACUCGGGGAUGGGGAACGGUGGCACCACAGUGGUGAUGGCCAUCAGGGAGUGAUGUGAUGUCACGACUGGUGUCGGUGGAGCGGUGAUGUCCCGGCUGUGAUGCCAGCGUUGGUGGGGAAUUGGCAAUGUUGCCGUUACGAUGUCACUGGUGGCGUAGGAGGGGUGAUGUAACGGUGCUGCUGUCACAACUCUGAUGUAACCGAAGGCAUGGGAAUGGUGAUGUCACAGCUACGGUGUCACUGGCAGAGUGGGGAUAGUGAUGUCACAGCUGUGGUGAUGGCGAGGUGGGGGCAGUGACUGGUGCUGGGCGGUGAUGUCACCGCCGUGAGGUCACCGAGUGUGACUGACACACCCCAAGUAUGCAGUGAUGUCUCACACCAGCAGCUGACAUCACUGCAAGGGCUGGCCAAGCAGGUGACAUCACCAACCCCACCGUGACGUUAUUCCCCCCCCCCCGUUCUCGCUAUGCAAACGCCCCCCCCCGGGCAGGGGGUGCCGGGGGGGGGGCCCGGGGCCAAUAAAGCCUGUACAGCACCGA